UUUCUACUUAACCUCUGGUUUCUACGGAGCCGCUCUGAGCCUCAGUUUCCUCAUCCGUAAGCUGGAAAUGCCCACGCCCGCCCUGCAGAGUCGCUGGGAUGGUGCGGCAUAUAUUAGGCACUCAGCAGUGGGACGUGCUGCCGGGAGUUUGAACUCAAGCCGCCUGUGGAUGGGGUGUAGGCUCUGGGCUUGCUCACGCGAGCUGCAAGGUCGUUCUUUUGCCCCCUCCUCGCAGGCAAACUGCUGACAGCGGCAAAGCCACGUUGCCAUGGUUGAGGGAAGGACUGCCUUGGUUUCAGGUUUAAUAAAAAAAUAUAUAUAUGGAUAUGGAUAUUUGGGUUUGGCUUCGUCCAGGGUUUGGCAAACGCGUGUGGUUUGCUUCUCCUUGCGGCUGGGCGGGGGCUCCGGUUCAGGUCCUGGCGGGAAGGAGCAACUAGCGGGGCUUUAGGACCCGGCUGCGCGUCUGCUGGACCCCGCGGGUCCCGGGUCCCCGGAGCAGCGGGCGGAGAGGCUUGAAUGAGAUGCUGGCGGGGAUCGGACGGAAACCGCUCGCGGCGAAUAGCUCCGCCGUCGCCAGGCAACCGCCCUGACGCAACGCAAAAAAAAAAAAAAAAGUCCCUUAAAAAAAGAAUAGUGCCGAGAAUUCACGGGAGCAGAGAGAAAGGGAGGCAGAAGCCGGCUCAGCCCGCGAGGCCGGGGCCAGAGGCUGCGGCGGGCGCCGGGAGCCCGCGUCCGGAGAAGGAGGCGGGGAGCUCGGUGACACCCUUGGAAAGGGCCUUGGCGCGCCUCGGAAGGUAUGGAAACAGAAGCUCUGAAUGAUAAGUGAAGGUAACAACCAUUAGCACUGGACGCUGGAAACUGAGCUUCACCGGGAGACACCCCCGGGGGGAGUGUGGGGCCUCCUCCAACCAGCCGGCAGCCUCUCACCGCCUGCCCUUGCCCGUGAGGAAGGGAGCUGAGUCCUGUUUCCCCCGCUGAUCCGCCCGCACCUCCAGUACUUCUUGGCAAAUCUGCCCCCAAAGAUUCCUGCUGACGCUUGUCUGUUCCUGCCCUUUUGUGAACAUGGCACCCACAGGACUCCGGGAAGAAUCUUAAAUCCUGAGCCUCCACAGCGGCUCUGGAGGGCAUUCCGUGUGGCUCAUCCACCGUCCCUGUCAGCUCCGGGAGCUGCUCACAUCCCAACAAUGCCCUCAGGAGCCCCGACCCCAGCUGGAUGAGACCAUUCCUGAGUGGGACCCAACCUUGCCACCUACCAAGAUUCCCACACCGCCCCCCACCACCUCCCACGCCCGGCUGCCCCAGCAGACUCUAGAAUGUCUAUGCCUCAGAUCCAAGUAGAAGAAGUGGCAGGUGGGCAAGAAGAGACUGCAGGAGAAGCCCUGCCUCCCGACGACCACCUCCGGAGCCUGAAGGCUCUCACUGAGAAACUGAGGCUGGAGACCCGAAGGCCCUCCUACUUGGAAUGGCAGGCCAGGCUGGAGGAGCCAACAUGGCCCUUUCCGAGGCCAGCUGCUGAGCAGGGGGAGCAUGGGGAGGAGGAGCCCUCAUCCCCGGGGAGAGAGCCCAGGCAGCAUCCCCCACCUAACGGGAGUGCCAGCCAGGACACUGGGCCCCAGCCCACCGGCAAGUUGGAAGGCUUUGAAAGUAUCGACGAAGCUAUAGCCUGGCUCAGGAAGGAACUGAUGGAGAUGAGGCUGCAGGACCAGCAGCUGGCCAGACAGCUCAUGCGCCUGCGCAGUGACAUCAACAAGCUAAAGAUCGAGCAGACCUGUGACCUCCACAGGAGGAUGCUCAACGAUGCCACCUACGAGCUGGAGGAACGGGACGAGCUGUCUGAUCUCUUCUGCGACUCCCCGCUCGCCUCCUCCUUCAGUCUCUCCACCCCACUCAAGCUCAUUGGAGUCACCAAGAUGAACAUCAACUCCCGGAGGUUCUCUCUGUGCUGAGAAGCCCUAGAAGGGGGCGGAGGGACCAGAGCAGAGUGUCUGGGAGGCGGGGAGGGGGCGUGGGAAGGGCGUUGAGGCUGCGUUACCCUGAGUGGGUCUCCCCCGAGGCAGGGUUUCCCUGUGGCUGGUGAACCGUGGGCCCUCAGACCCACGGCAGGUGCUCUCUCAGGGGACCCCAACUGUGGAGCCCCACAACCCUCUGACUGUCCGUGACCCAAAGUGUUCUGCAGAAGGGCCGCUCCAUCCAAAUCUUCAAUGAGACCUGGCUCCCAGUAUGACACGUCUCCAUCCUCCCCUCCCUGCCCCCCCAUUCCUGUUUCCCGGAAUCACUGGUGCUAUGAUCUGGGAUCCCAAAGGGGGGCCCCCAAACACUGUGAUUCUUGCAGAAAGCUUCCCCAAGGGCACUGAGCAUCCAGGGAGCAGAUGAUUAGGUAUGUCAAGUGAGCCCAUCUGCUGUUGCCGUCUUCUAAGUACGGGCUCGUAGACAGGUGACUCAGCAGCCCUGUCAGGGACCCACCAGGAAAGGAAAACCAGGAGCAACGACAAAGUGGAGCUCGGGACCGCAGGCCCUACAGCCGCCGGGAGCGCCCCUGCUGGGCGCUGGCUGUGGUCACUCUUAGACCUUGGCACUACUGGUGUUACGUCGAUUGUUUUCAGCGCGUGCCAGGACACACCCGGGCAGCGGGGGCGGGGCAAACACAGGUACCCUCUCUGUUGCCUGCCCUGGCCGCACACCCCAAUCCCCGUCUCCAAAGAGCCCCUUUGCCGCCACCCUGCACCUCCAGGGGAGUGCCCGAGUGACUAGGCAAAUCUGUCCAUGGAUUUCCCAUCACCGAAUUCUCCUGGUGGCAUCACCUUUGUCCCCUUCUUGCCCCACCCCGCCCCCCCAGAAAGACUCGAGGGAGCUCGGAAGCUCACCCUGAGCCUCCUCUGACAUUCUGUGCCUGAUUUAAAUCACUAAUUUUAAUUGAAUCAGACUGUUACUACUCUGUUGCUAACUUGUUCACAACUGUUUGAUUUUUGUCCACAUGGUGAUGCCAGUUGGGUAGGUCAAGUUCAGUAGUUUAGGAUUUGAUUUGAAAAGGUUCUCCCUACUGACAAGCAUGAGGCCCAGCAAGCAUGAGGACUGAGAUCUCAACAGCAAGGAAAGUUAGCCUCGCGGAAUGCCACGUGGCGCAGGUUCUCCCCCCAGCUGGGGGUACCUUUUGACGUCAUCUAGUUCAAGCCUUCUUGUUCAUAAAGGAGUAAAGUGAAACCAGGGAAAGAGGAUGACUUCCCUCAGAUUACACGGCUCCUUAGUGGCUACUAUCAACAGGUUAAAUCAUUAUUAAGAAUGCCUAGACAGAUCACGUGUCAAUGAACUUGAACCCCAAAGACGGUCCUAAUGUUUUGCCAAACCCACAAACUGCCAAGCCCUCUACUCUCCACCUCACGCAGCCCCUACACGUACCUCUCACUUUGCAAUUCAGAAUAUUUGGGUCCAACUCAGAGCAAUGCCUGGAAAGUGGACCCACAGAACACGUAUUACCAAUCACACUUCCAUGGUCAGAGUAAGGUGUCCUGAUGUUCUUUCAUGUUUCAUCCUCUCGUAUAGUCUCGCUGGGGCCCGUGCACACUUCACACACACACACACACACACACACCCUGACCUACACUGGGAAGGUUGUUUUUCUUUAAUGGGCUGGCAGUGCGAGGACGUGAAUGAAUGGUCCCUAGUUAGAAAAGAACUUUGUGUCUUCCUUGUGAUUUCAAAGAGCCAGAGGCUUUAUGCUUCCUUCGCAAAAGGUGUAACAACGUCGAUAAGAGGUGUUUUCUGCCUGACUCUGAGCAGUGACUGAGGACCAGCGGACUGGUCCACAGAAGAGACCUGGGUGGGAUGCCAGACCUUUUAGACCUGCUCCCCCUGAGGCAGGAAGGGAGGGGGAUUUUCUCGACCCCGAGCUGUCUCUCCUCAGGGAUUCUGUAUGAGGACUGCCAAGUCCUACUGAGGUAUUCUCGCCAGUCUUCUCUGAGAUACGUCCUUGAGAUGGCAGGGGUCAGGGUGGCCUCCACACGCCACCUGCUCUGGAGAGGCACACAGGUACACAUACACCCACACGGGAAAGCCCAUUCCAUCUUCUGAAAAUAAUGCCAAAUUGCCUUUUUUUUUUUCUUUCUAGAAAUCAGUCAUUACAGGAAUUGAAAAAAUUGGAUUCAACUGAAGUGGCUUUAGUUGAUUUUGUCAAUCCAAUUGAAUUGGUGUCAACCUUGGCAAUUUAGUUGUCCAGCUCACGUAAUGUCCCCUUCCUUUCUUUGUUCUCUGAGAGCAAACCGAGAUCGGGGCACACUUUUUGGAACAGGUUAGACAUCUCAGCUCUUUUGCUUAGUUCACCCCCAAGAGAAUUUAAUUUGGGGAUGAGGAUGGAGGAGGAAGGGGAAGGGACCAGAGAUGAGAGUGGAGGAGCCUGGGUGCGUCUCCUUACUCAUUAUCCAGUGUCUGUUAGCUCUCUUAUUCCCACAGGGAACACAAAUAACUCCGCACGUCAGCUCCCUGUUGUAAAGUCCCUGCUAUGGGGGCUCAAGCGAUGUCUAUGGGUCCCCUGCCACCUAACCUGUGUUGCCAGCAUCCUGGGGCCACCUUCUGGCCCACCACUUGUACACAAUACUGUUUGUAGUUUAACUCAUCAUCUGCCCAUCUCUGUGUCACCCCCAAGGACCGCGGGUGUAAACCACGAGGUCGCCGUUGACUCGCCACGCACGGCAGUGUGUGGUGCCUUCAUGGACUCAGCAGAGAUCACAGAGGCCCGGGGAGCCUGGGGAGGCUUGUGAGGACCUGGGCCGGCCCCGGGGCCUCCUCCCUGUAGCAAUAUCAAGUGCUAUUACAUAAUCGAUGGACAAUUUAUAAUCUUAUUUUUUAUGACUCUUUGUUUCUAUAUUGCUGUUAGAAGAAGUGAAAUAAAAAUAUUUCAAAAGAAGAUACUAUA